GCGCGUAGGCGAGUGCCAGCUCAGACAUUGCCGAUCAUGCCGGACGCCACCAGGCUCACACCGCCACCCUUAUACGGCAAGUGUCAUUCGACGAAAGACGACCAAUAGAAUCUGCUUCAUUCACGUCUACGUCCAAGCGGCAGAAUAACCAAAGUCCUACACUCUGCUUCGCUCCUACAAGACCGACAGCGUGACCCCUCGCCCCGAACGUCUCAGGCGUAUUUCAAUGCACCGUCUUGCACCAUUUUCGCGUCCCCGCAAUGUGGACCAGCACGGCAGUAGCCCGGAUGCUGCUCCUAUCGAGCUCUCGUACAGAACACACGGCGAUCGUCUGUACGGCGGGAUAUUUACCCUGUAAGCAUAGCGAGGCGUGGGCGUAAGAGGAUGCCAUACGAUUUCCAGUCUGAUGAGCGUGUCCGCCGCAUGUUGCGCGACCAGAUGAUGAGGUCCGUUUGGUAUUCUUCCGUUGGAGAGACGCUCGUUCGAGCGACACACAGGUAGUCCUGGGGUAGAUCAGAGUAUAAGCGGGAGAAGGCCAAGAUCGUCGAGGGAAGCGGGACUUACGGCGGGGCUAUAGUCUCCUCAAAUGCCGGCGCCAACAGCGAUAGACAUUACCGGUAUGGCCAAUGUCAUCAAGAGCACGCGAGACUGCGCACAAAAGCUUGCGAUUAAAACACCCACACUCGUCAGUGUCAUAACAUCGAUACCUAAAGAUGAGUAUGCAUAUACCCACAUAUGGUGGCUUGGAAGUCCGUUGCGCGUUCGACGAACGAGGGCGCGAUGCAGACGGCGCGCACAAGACCUACUUGCCCGCGUACUUGUACCCUGCAAUGGCCCUGCAUAGCUGGCCAGCUCCUCCAUGCUAUGCGUCUGGCCGUCCUCGAGCGUGAUCUAUGUCUGCGCGUGAAAGCGUUGUGAGGCCAGAGUGCAGUCAUACUUCGUGUUCAGGUAUGAAGCGUAGAAGGCGCGAGCUGGAGAUGAGGUAGUACCAUACCGGCAGCCGUGCACUGAGAUGUUUGCGCAAGGACGCCAGGAGUGAUGUGCAGCAUGAAGUGAUUCAAACGCCGCAAGUUGGAGUGUCGCCUGCACGAGUGGAGAUGAGUGUGGCCACGGAGAUCUUCGCUGGGUAUCGAGACGCACCUCCAAACACUCUCCUCGCUCAGUCACAUGCGCAGCCCUUUCACCAUAGCG